CUCUGUCUCUCCAUCAAUACUCAACACUCCUCCCACUCUUUCCUUCUUUCUCUCUGAUUUUCUCCAGAGACUUUCAGUGUUUGAACACCACAUUGUUCUUACCGCUUGGCCCUCCACUCAAAAAAAGAGAAGCACAGAAGCCAUGUUUCCCCUACGUGUCACGGUCCUCUUAAUUCUAUCCAACCUUGCCCUGUGCCAGUAUUAUGAUUACGACUACCAGCCUGUUUCCAUGCUUGGACCAUCAGGGCCAAACUGCAAUCAAGAAUGCGAUUGCCCAAUCAAUUUUCCAAGCGCAAUGUAUUGUGAUAACCGCAAGCUUAAGUUUGUCCCUAUAGUUCCAUCUGGCAUCAAGUACCUGUAUCUCCAGAACAACCUCAUUGAAGAGAUAAAGGCUGGAGUUUUUGAUAAUGUUACUGACACCCUGCGCUGGCUGGUGCUUGAUCAUAAUAUGAUAACCAAUGCUAAGAUAGAGAAAGGCACAAUCGACAAACUAUCGGCCCUGGAGAAGCUCUUCUUCAGCAACAAUGAAAUCACAGAGGCAAUUAUCCCUCCAUCAAAGUCCCUUGAAGAGCUGAAGAUGAUGCACAACAAGUUGUCCAAGUUUCCCUCUGGACGCUUGACUGACAUGGAAAAUUUGACCUCUAUUAGUCUUCAGCACAAUGAGCUGACUUCUGAGUCCAUUGCAGAUGCAUUCAAAGGGCCAAAGAAGCUGUUGUCAUUGGACCUGAGUCAUAACAAGCUGAAGAAGCUGCCGGCAGGAGUCCCUACUUCACUGGAAAUACUCUAUGCUGAUUAUAAUGAGAUUGACAAAAUUGGAGCAGGGUAUCUGAAAAAGCUUCCCAACCUUCGUUACCUGAGGGUUUCUCACAACAAACUGCAGGAUUCUGGGAUUCCCUCUGGAGCUUUAAAUGUGACUUCACUCGUGGAGCUGGAUCUUUCAUUCAACAAACUGCAGUCAAUCCCUGAGAUCAACGAGCAGCUGGAGCAGCUCUAUCUCCAGGCCAAUGAGAUUAGCAAGUUUGACUUGGCGAGUUUCUGCAAGUUCACAGGACCCCUGAACUAUUCACGCCUCAAACAUCUGCGUCUGGAUGCCAACAACAUCACACACAGCGACAUGCCUGCUGAAUCCGCAAACUGCCUGCGUCAAGCUUCCGAUAUCAUGUUUGAAUAAGGACCUCCAUCCAGUGAAGGAUUCCACCAUCUACAGCUAUGACAACUUCAACCCAAAGCCUUCUGGAUUUAAGUCAUUUCGUUUCCAUCCUUUUGUAAAGCUCAAUGUAUGUGCACUUCCUCCAAGCAUUAUGCAAAUAUAAAAUGUUCAUAGUUAUUUUAUCCAUUUCGCCUUUUAUCUCUUUAGAUAUACUUAGUGAAUUUUUUUCAAAAUAUAAAAUGAAACAAGAAAUGUAUAAUUUGAUCGGAAUACAAUAAAACAGGAGACACACGCUUUAAACAUUCCAACUUUGUAUAUAAAUACACCAAAUAUUAACAUAUGGGAAUGUGUUACUUUUUUAAUUGUCCUAGUUUAGUCAGUUGUUUAUGUCAUUAAAAUAUAUAUAAAUAUAUACUAUCAAUCAAGAAAAAAACUACAUGCUUAGAUUUCUGUGUGUAACGAAAGCAAAUGUGAAAUAGCAGUGCAGAUUCAUAACAGCUUUAUUUUAACUUCUUGAAUGUAUUAAAGUGGUUAAAAAGAAGGUACCAGUGUUGUGAAAUCACAGUUGCCUGCUUUAAAUUUAACCCUUUAUUAUAGCAACAGCUUGAAGCCCAAUAACUGUUUUGUUUUGAUCAACUGAACGCCUACUGUACAUUAAAAUAACUUUUUUAAGCAACCAAUAAGUAGUAUGCUAAUGUGCUUAAUGUUUCAUUCUCUCUGUAUACUUGUAAUAAGAAAUAAAUGAAUAACCAUG